AUGGAUGCUUCCAAAAUCAGCAUCCCCCCGGGAGACUUGCAUUAUAUACAGUAUGAACAUGGUCUGGAAGCGAAGUACCUACCCGCCAUACGUUCUCUGAUCGCAAAGGAUUUGAGCGAACCGUACAGCAUCUAUGUCUAUCGGUAUUUCCUCUACCAAUGGGGGCACUUGUGCUUCAUGGCUCUGAAUCCAGUCGACUCAUCCCUCAUCGGCGUCAUUGUCUGCAAGUUAGAGCUUCACUCAUCUCACUCACCACCGACGCGCCGAGGUUACAUUGCCAUGCUCGCUGUCGCUUCGCCAUUCCGAGGCAAAGGCAUCGCCACUGCCCUCGUGAAACGUGCCAUUGAUGCCAUGGCCGAGCGUAAUGCCGAUGAGAUUGUUCUGGAAACGGAAGAGACAAAUACCCAGGCUAUGCGUCUAUACGAGCGCCUGGGCUUCUUGCGCUCAAAGAAAUUGCACAGAUAUUAUCUGAACGGCAACAGCGCCUACCGUUUGGUCCUCCUUCUCAAGUCCAUUGACCCUGACGCCGUUAUCGAGGACUUUGAUAGCCACUAUGCUUGA